CUGUAAGGUCGGUAGGUAGGCAAUCCUAAACACAUACGGGGAGAGCCAAAGUACGCAAAUUGGCUCUCGCACCGCCAAUCCGACCUUUUCUGCACCGCCUCUUUGGUGCACAACACCUCGGACUCACACGGAGGCUGGACGAAGGCGAGGGGGCUGUUGCUAGCCAGGCCUUGACUUCGCCCCUGGAGAGCGCGCGCCCUCUGGAGCGCGCAGAAACGUCGGGAUAAGAUGGACAGGUCGCUUCUCUCCAGGACCUCUCCACGCAUGCAGCUCGGCCGUCCCCAGCAGCUCCCGCCUCCGACCGUGCCUCUUGCGCAAGUCCCCCGACUGCAGAGACGCUGCGUUGUCGGCAGCCGGGUGUGCCAGCCAGUGGUUGCUGUCCGGCCAGGCAGGGCAUCCGCUGGUCGUGGCGGGCGGCUCGUGGUUUCUUCUGUGGAUAUGUCCAACUCGCCCCUGUCAUCAAUGGACGCCGGCGAGGGCCUUGACAUCAUGUUUGACAACAACAGCGACGCGGAGUGCACGGUGGUGACGGUAGAGGGCAAGGACAAGGCGCACCUGCUGAUGAGCCUGACCGGCGGCUUCUCCAGCGCCGGCCUGACCGUCAUCUCCGCCUCCAUCACCAGUGACGACGGCCGCGUGCUGGAUGUCUUCCGCGUGCAGACCGCUGAUGGCAAGAAGGUGCCCGAGGAGCAGUUCCCGUCCGUGCGUGAGCACAUCCUGUCUGUGACCGCCACCAGCAGCCGCUCCUCCAUGCCCGCCAUCUACGGCAUCGUGGCCGCCGCGGAGGUGGAGCGCCUGAAGCCACUGCGCAGCCAGUCGACGCAGAACGACGUGGAUGCGCUGGAGCUGGCCGCGGCGGAGAUGACGCAGGCGGUGGCGGAGCUGGUGGCCACAGAGCGGGACAUCAUUCGCAUGCGCGCCAGCAACGCGGACGCGCGCACCCUCCAGACCAAGGAGGCCAACCGAACCGAGGCCGCUGCCGGCCUGGAGCGCAAGAUGGCGGCCAUGCAGGCUGUGCUGGCCGCCCGCCGCAACCUGGCCACCGAGCCGGAGAAGCCCAAGAGCCCCACGGAGAAGCUGCUGGAGACGCUCAAGCCGCCGACGCCGAUGCGCGCCGCCGCGGGCGCGGGCAGCGGCAGUGGCAGUGAGAUCCUGCUGCAGGCUUUCAACUGGGAGUCGCACCGCCAGAAGCUGUACAAGCAGCUGAUGGGCCGGGUGAAGGACAUCAGCGACGCUGGCUUCACGGGCGUGUGGAUGCCGCCGCCCUCGGACAGUGUCAGCCCGCAGGGCUACCUGCCCCGCGACCUGUACUCGCUGGAUAGCGCGUACGGCAGCGAGGCCGAGCUGCGCGAGCUCAUCGCCGCCUUCCACCAGAACAACAUCAAGGUCAUCGCCGACAUCGUGGUCAACCACCGCUGCGCGAACAGCCAGGGCAGCGACGGCAAGUGGAACAAGUUCGGCGGCCGCCUGGCCUGGGACGCCUCGGCCAUCUGCUCCAACAACCCGUCGUUCGGCGGCCGCGGCAACCCCAAGCAGGGCGACGACUACGCCGCCGCGCCCAACAUCGACCACUCGCAGGAGCGCAUCCGCAACGACAUCGUGCAAUGGAUGAAGUACCUGCGCAACUCGAUUGGCUUCGACGGCUGGCGCUUCGACUUCGUGCGCGGCUACCUGGGCUCGUACUGCAAGCAGUACAUUGACGAGACCGUGCCCGCCAUGGCCUUCGGCGAGUACUGGGACAGCUGCGAGUACACGGACGGCGUGCUCAACUACAACCAGGACGCGCACCGCCAGCGCACCGUGAACUGGUGCGACUCGACGGGCGGCACUAGCGCCGCCUUUGACUUCACCACCAAGGGUAUCCUCCAGGAGGCGGUGGGCCGCCGCGAGUACUGGCGCCUCGUUGACUCGCAGGGCCGCCCGCCGGGUGUGAUGGGCAUGUGGCCCAGCCGCGCCAUCACCUUCAUCGACAACCACGACACGGGCUCGACUCUGAACCACUGGCCCUUCCCCAGCCGCAACCUGCCCGAGGGCUACGCCUACAUCCUGACGCACCCCGGCACGCCCUGCGUCUUCUACGACCACUUCUACCAGGAGGAGAACAACCUCCGGAAGAUCAUCCUGGACCUGCUGAAGGUUCGUCGGCGCAACGGCCUCAACGCCAGGUCGAAGGUGGUGAUGAAGAAGUCGGCGGCGGACGUGUACGCGGCAAUGAUCGACGACAAGGUGGCGGUGAAGCUGGGGCCCGGCGACUGGUCGCCCAACCAGAGCGGCAUCAAGGUCAACGGCAAGGAGCUCAAGGUCGCGGCCAGCGGCUUCCAGUUCGCCGUGUGGGAGGGCCAGCACUAAGGCGGCCGCGAGGAUGCGGUGCUGCUGGAAUGGGGCGAAGCAGAGCGCCUGCAGCCAGGAUGGCAGCGAGGCGGAAGCAGACAGCGGCGGGCGUGGGCGGAAGGUGCCAUGCCAGCGGAAGCAAGCGGUGCUGACGCGGCGUAGGACGCUGGAGGUACUUCGUGGUAUAAUGGCUGCGAAGUGCGUGCAUCUGCGCCAACAUCGGGCGACGGUAUCGGCAUUGUCAACGACCCGCGCCCGCAUGCAUGCUUGAGCAGUUGGGAGAGGCGAUCGGCAUACGUGCGGCUAUUUCGCACGUACUUGAGGGUCAGUAGCCAUUACCGCUGGCAGCCAGAUGCACCAGGCAGCAGUGACGAAGGCUUGCUGUGGAGUGCAAAGGAACCGAAGCCCGCUAUUCGGGUGCAUGAACGGGAGCCUUGCCCGUGUUCCGUGUGUGUGUAUUCCUUGGGCUCGUGGUAUUCUCUUGUCAUUGCAGUGGCAUGGCAUGGGUGUGUGCGUGUACGGUAGCCAUAUUUCUUAUCUAACACAUCGACACCUCAGGGCAGACAAGCUUUCUAGGAAGCAUGAGCGGACUUGGCAAGGGUAGUAGUGAAGCACGCCAUGUUGCGAGAGAGGCAUUGGGUUGUGCGGGGACUGUGCCCGCUCCCAAGGUUGCGGCUGUGGCCAGAGAAGGCGACAAGCAGGCAGCUUAAACGGGGUGGGGCAGUCUUAUGCCUGACGGCACAAUCCGGACUCGUCCGAGAAUGGAGCGUAGCGGCGGCCGGGCGCGGACUUGGCGCACACUCACCCACAUUCCCGCCCGGUUUGCGCUUUGUCGGCCCUGAAAAAUAAGUUUUGCGUGACAUAGUGAAGACAUGCUGAGGAUUGCCGUGGGGUCAAAAUCGAAGGGACCAUGCUUGCAGCCAGGUCCUGCGCAAUCUAUGCGCACGGAAGAAUGACAUGCAAAUCGUGCCUUGUGUCGGGUGGCAACCUCUGAGUUCAUGU